AUGUUUUUCCUCCAACUUCCCAUGAUGCCAUGGUUUGGCUGGGCUGUCCACGUCAAACUAUGUGACAGCACAGCACAGCACCAAGCUGAGUUGGCCGUUUUACUCCGCUGUCUGAACCGGUGAAAACAUAUAGGAUAAAGACGACCGAUAUGCCAGACAAUCGUUUCGUUAAUGUUAUGCGGAUCAUCCACUAUCGAGCUUGUCUAGGUCCGUAAACCACAACCACAGUCUGACUGCAGUGAGUGACCUAGCCAGCUAACGUUAGCAUAUUAGCUAGCUAGCUGACCAACUAGCUGUAGUUAGUCAGUUACAAAUUGAAAACUUCAAAAUGUGAAAAAUUCAACUUCUGAACAAAUUGAAAGAAUUCAUGUAGAACGUUUCUGUGAUUUUUUUUUUUACAGAAAGCUGAAUUGUAUUAAGGUAGGGUCGAGGUCGAUCGCCACCUCACCAGCUACUAGUUAGCUAGCCUAGCUCCAGCCUGUUUGUUAUUGUUUAUCUAGCUAGCUAGCUGGUUGUUGUCGAAGAUGUCAUCGUGGCUGGGUGGACUGGGCUCCGGCCUGGGCCAGUCGCUAGGCCAGGUCGGAGGAAGCCUCUCCUCAUUCACCGGACAAAUAUCCACCUUCACCAAAGAUAUGCUGCUGGAAGGAGUUGAAGAAGUUGCAGGUGCUUCCACUGAGCUGCAGGUGUCCAGUUCUAAGAUGGAGCAAGUGGAGGCUGAGUACGAGCGUUUAAAGAGGAUCCAUGCAGAGCUGGAGGAGAAGCUGGAGGCCUCAGAGAUCCAGAAUGAACGGCAGUCUGCUGAGUACAGGACCCUGAUGCAACAGAGAGAUGUGGAGAUCAGCCACCUGAAGGCCCGUCAAACUGGACUACAGGAAGAGGUCCAGAAGUUACAAUCAGCUUCCUCCGGCUCAGCUCUACUUCCUGUCACCUCCGGCUCCACCACCACUACCUCUUCCUCCUACAUGUCCCGCCCCCAGGGGAGCACCGUCCAUCAAGGUUUCCAUGGCAGCGAUGAGAUGGACUUCAGUGAUGUGAUCUGGUCCCAGCAGGAGAUUAACCGUCUGUCUACAGAGGUGAUGAGGCUGGAGGCUGAGGUCUCCCACUGGAGACGCGUGUCUCAGGCAUCCAAAGCCCCAGGAGAAGGAAACGGUGACCAGGGAGAGGUCCUGAAGCUGCAGAGGAUCAUCAAGGAGCUGCGUGAGGAGAUGGGCCGUGAGAUAGAUGAACACCAGCGUGAGUUAGCAGGGCUGCAGGACGCACAGAGACAGAAGAUGGCCGACAUCACCCGGCGCCACCGGGACGAGCUGGCAGAGUACGAGGAGAGGAUAGAGGAGCUGGAGGAACAGAAACAUACUGGGGGGAACAGUCCAGCCAGCGUUACUCAGGACUCCUCCUCUAAGACCUCAGCCCUCCACAGCUCCUCUUUGCAGGAGGCAGCGGAGGAGCAGGAGGAGAGACUGAAGGAGCUCACAGCCAGUCUGGAGGAGGCUUGGAGGAGGCAGGCUACACUGCAGCAGGAAAAGAUGGAGGCGCAGGCUGAGAACGCUGAGCUGCUGGAGAACUCCACACGGCUGCAGACGUCCGUCACAGAGCUCCAGACGCGCGUCCAGCAACAGGAGGGGAAGGCCGGGAAUGAGGCCCAGCUAGAGCAGGAGAUACAGGAGGGGAAGGCCGGGAAUGAGGCCCAGCUAGAGCAGGAGAUACAGGGGCUGAGGAAAGCUCUCGCAGGGGCAGAGAAGGAGAUGUUGAGAAUGAAGACUCUUGAGAGUGAACCAAAGACCGAGGCGGAACAUGCAGACAUUCUAGAACUCAACACCAUCAUUGGAACCCUGAGGAAAGAGAAGGAAAUGGUGGAACAGGAGAAGAUGAAUCUACUGGAGAGACUUGCGUGUGCAGAGGACAGAGUGGAGUCAGACGUCCUUGACGGAGGAGAGUCCUCCUCAGAGCAGAUCGCAGAGCUGAGGGCUGAGCUGGAGAAGAGAGAGCAUGCCCUGAGAGACACCCAGGAGGAACGAGACACACUCCUCAUCGAGCUGGAAGAACUCGACCGACAGAACACGGAAGCUACAAAGCAUGUGAUCUCAUUGAAGGAGCAGCUCUCUGUUCAGCUGAAGGCGUCUGAGGCCGAGGUGGCCAGGCUGCAGUCUGAGCUCAGUACCGCCACCGACCAGAGGGUGGCGCUACGAGAAGGACUACAGGCCCAGCAGGAGAAACUGAGCCAGAGUGCUUACACCCUGAACGACCUCCACAUGGACAAGCAGCAGCUGGAGGCCGCCGUCAAGGAGUUGAAGGAGAAACUUGGACGCGCAACAGCGAUGGGCAAAGAGGCGAGGAUGGAGACCCAGGUGCUCCAGAGAAUCGUACAGGAGAGGGAGGAGCAGCUGUCUGCUUCCCGGGCAGAGCUGUGUGAGGCUGGGGAGAGAGGGAGAGAAUCCGGGGGGUCCAGAGAGGAGAAGGAGGAUCUCAGGAGAGAGCUGGCUGAGAUGAGGAGCUCCCAGGAGAAGGUGAUGUCAGAAGAUUACGAGUUGAAGAUUGAGAACCAGAGGCUGAAGACAGAGGCUGAGCAGGCCCAGGGUAGGAUAGAGGAGCUGGCCAGGCAGGUCAGGGAGGUCCAGGCCGCUCUCACCAGGACGGUCCUGGAGAAGGACAACCGCAUCGAGGCUCUGAAGCUGGGGAAGAGCCAGCUGGAAGGGGAGCUGGGACAGGCAGAGAGGGGCCUCCAGGAGCAGACCAGGCAGUACCAGCAGACCGUCGAGGAGCUGACCGCUGCCCGCACCAUGGACGCCUCGGCACUGCAGACGGAGCAUGAGAGGACGGUGAGGCUGAACCAGGAGAAGGACCUGGAGAUCUCCCAGCUGAGCAGAGACGUGGAGCAGAUGGCCUCCGACCACCGAGACACCAAUGAGAUGCUCUCCAUCACCGUGGCCGGGCAGAAACAGCUGACAGACCUCCUCCAGGAGAAGGACUCCUUCAUGGAGAGCCUGAGGGCUAGCAUGGCUGCCACCCAGAGGGAGAUGGAGGCCGUGGUCCAGGCAGCCACAGAGGAGGCUGGGGCCCUGAGAGGAGCUCUGGACGAGAAGGACAAGCAGCUGGGAGGCAUGAAGGAGGACAACAGCCACCUAAAGGAGGAGAUCGACCGUCUGAGGGACCAGCAGAGCAGAUCCCAGCCCCCCGGCCUGGCCGAGCCACGCACCCUGGACAUCAUCACAGAACUGGAGACGGAGAUCACCCAGCUGAAGACCUCGGGAGGUGCCCUGGAAGAGGAGGUGCAGGCCCUGAGGAGGUGCAUGGAGGAGCAGCGGGGUGACCUCCUCUCCUCCCAGCAGUCUGUCCAGGCGCAGCAGAAUGAGUUGGAUCAGGCCCAUCAACGCCACGAGCAGAGCAGAGAGAACUACGAUAGGCUGAUCCACGCCAAGGACGAGGAGAUUGGACGCCUGCAGCAGGAAGUAGAUCACCUCAGCCACACCCAUUCCUCCCAGGAACAGGAAGUGGUCAUUCUCCAACAGGAAGACAAGACCCAGUCGUCCCUGAAUAACAGGGAGAACGGCAAUGAGAAAUACGACCUGUCCAAGGUGGAGGUGGAGAGACUAGUGAAGGGCAUUAAGGAGAAGGAGACGGAGAUCAGCCAGCUGAAUGAGAAGAACCUGAACCUCACCCGACAGCUGGACCAGCUGGUGGUCUCCAGUGAGGAGAUGGGGAAGCUCAGCCAGAUGGUCCUGCAGAAAGACCUGGAGAUCCAGGCGCUGCACGCCCACGUUUCCCUGGGGGGGGGAGGAAACAGCCAGGAUGUGAUAUUCCUCCAGCAGCAGCUGCAGGCCUUCGCCGUGGAGAGAGAGCAGGUUCUGGCAGUGCUGAAUGAGAAGACGAGGGAGAAUAGCAAGCUGAGGGGGGACUACCAGCACGUCAUGGACAUUGUAGCAGGGAAGGAGGCUGUGCUCCUCAAGGUCCAGCAGGAGAACCAGAGGCUGUCCACCCUGUCUGACCCAUCAGGGAGCCAGGAGAUGUUCAGAGAGACCAUCCAGAACCUGUCUCGGAUCAUCAGAGAGAAGGACAUUGAGAUCGACGCGCUGACCCAGAAGUGCCAUACCCUGGUCUCGGUACUGCAGGCAGGAGACUCCGGAGGAGUCAGCUCCAACCAGUUUGAAGAGCUGCUACAGGAGAGGGACACCUUGAAACAGCAGGUAAAGAAGAUGGAGGAGUGGAAGAUGCAGGUGAUCACCACGGUAAAGAACAUGCAGCAUGAAUCAGCCCAGCUGGUAGAGGAGCUCCACAAGUUACAGAGACAGGUGGAUGCAGACAACGACUGCACCUCCAAUCUCUCCGUGGAUUACGGCCGCCUGAUCCACAGCUAUGAGCAGAAGGAGAAGAAGCUAAGGAGUCUCAGUCACGAGCUAGCCAACGUCCAACACACCAUCAGCCAGCUGAGCAGCACUAAAGAUGUCCUCCUGGGGACACUGGACAGUGUGGCGCAGAGUCCUCAAGUCACCACACUGUCUGCUACUCUGAUGUCUACUGCCCAGCCUCCUUCUGCAGUAGAACCUCCCAGACACCAGGGGGCAGCACCACCUCCAGGGAACCAGGAAGGACUGAGACAGGAGCUGGAGUCUCUGAGAGCCCUCCUGUCUGAGAGGGAGACUGUGAUCAGGACCCUGCAGGAGAACAACCACCGCCUGUCUAACUCAGCCCAGGCGUCAGAGAGCGAGCAGCGCGGCCAGGCCGACGAGGCCAGACGGGUCAGAGAGAGACUGGACGCUCUGCAGCGCUCUGUCAGGGAGAAAGACCUGCUCAUCAAGACAAAAGGGGACCAACUCAACCAGGUGAGUGAGAACCUGAGGAACCGUGAGAGCGACAACGAUGUGUUAAAACAAGCCGUGACCAACCUGAAGGAGCGAGCCCUUAUCCUGGAGAUGGAUACCAGGAAGCUGAAGGAUGAGAACGAGGCUGUGGCCCAGCGGAGCAGGGAGAAGGAGUCAGAGUUCAGAGCCCUGCAGGAGACCAACAUGCAGGUGUCCCUCCUCAUGAGGGAGAAGGAGUUUGAGAGGAGCGCCAUGUCAGAGAAGGCUGCCGCCAUGGAGAAGAUGCUCAAGGACAGAGAACAGGGCAACAGCCAGAGGUCAGGGGAGCUGAAUCAGCUCCUGAAUGAGCUGAAGUCCAUGCAGGGGAAAGCUGUGGCCUUCCAGCAGGAGAGAGACCAGGUCAUGCUGGCACUCAAACAGAAACAGAUGGAGACCACAGCCGUACAGACAGAGCUGCAGCAUGUGAAGGACCGAGAGCAGCGGCUAAAGUUGGAGCUGGAUCGGCUGCGUAACCACCUGCUGGAGAUAGAGGACUCCUACACGCGGGAGGCCCUCGCCGCUGAGGACAGGGAGGCGGAGCUACGUAGGAGAGUCACGCUAUUGGACGACAGACUGGCUACUUCCUCCAGUCAGGUGGAGAGCACCAGUCACCAGGCGUCUCUGCAGGUGGAGUCCCUUCAGGAGCAGCUGAGUGGAACGGUGAGGCAGAGAGACGAGGCCCUGACCCAGCUCAGAGUAGCACAGGACCAGGUCAACCAGUACGCAGUGUCCCUGUCCAACCUCCAGAUGGUACUAGAGCACUUCCAGCAAGAGGAGAAAGCGAUGUAUUCAUCUGAGCUUGAUAAGUACAAGAGGGAGAAGGAUGAGUGGAGAAAAAAAUCACUUCAACUGGAGGACAGAGCCUCCUCUCUUCAGAUCAACCUAGAUGAGGCUAAUGCUGCUCUGGCCUCAGCCUCCAGACUUUCUGACCAACUGGACCUGAGGGAGGAACAACUAGAAGAGCUCAAGAAACAAGUGGACGUGAGGCAGGAGAUGUUGGAAGAAGCUCAGGACAAGUUGAUGAACCUUCUGAACAGCACCGAGGGUAAAGUCGACCAGGCUCUGAUGCGGAACCUGUUCAUGGGGUACUUCCACACCCCGAAACCCAAACGCUCUGAGGUGCUGAGGCUCAUGGGUAGUGUCCUGGGACUAGACAAGGACGAGGUCAACCAGAUGUUGGAGGAGGAGGGGGGUCGUGGUGUCGGAGGCUGGGUGUCCAGCUGGUUGGGGGGUAGAGCUGUACAGAGUGUCCCCAACACACCACAGAGACCAGGCGCAGGACAGGGUGGAUUCAACAACUCUUUCUCUGAGAUGUUUGUGAAGUUCCUGGAGGUCGAGUCUAGCCCGGUGCUCCCUGUCCCCAGACUUCCUGUCUAUGACAUCAAACCCCUCAGUGCCCCGCCCCCUGGGAGGACCACCAGCUCAGCCUGGGCUCAACAACCAGAAGGGGUGGCAGCCGGCAGGGGACAGAGAGCAGCUGGGGAGUCCAACCCUUUCCUAGCUCCCCGCUCUGCGGCCGUACCACUGAUGCAUCAUGGGAGUGCUAGUUCCAGUGCGUCGGGAGGACACCACCACCUCCUGAUGAAACCCAUCUCAGACAACCUGCCCACCUUCACGCCUUUGCCUGUCUCUGCCGAGAGCGGAGGGCAGGUGCUCAAAGACUUACUCAAGCAGUGAUUGGAGCCACCUCCUGUCAAUCAGAGCUCCUCAUCCAAUCAGGAGGAACGUAGACGUUACAUACACCGAGAUGAAGGAGGAGGAACGUUAUUACUGAAAGCUGCUUUCUUUCUUCCAACUGUCACUCAGUGAUGGUGCGACUAACUUCCACACAGGAUGAUGGUGCGACUAACUUCCACACAGGAUAUGAUGAUGUGACUAACUUCCACACAGAAGAACUUCAGGCAGACCUUCUCUGAUUCAGUGGCAGUUUGUUGUCCUAUUCUUUAGAAGGGGUUGAAAUAGUCUUCUGUAUUUACUAAAGAAGGAUCCAUUCCAUUGGCUAUAUUAAGGAGACGAGGUAGAAUCAGGACUCAAUGCCCUCAGUGUCCCAUUCACUCAGUCUGUGUAACAUUUUCUGCCACAGUAUUGUUACAGACAGACCAGUUUAUGCAUUGAACAAAGAGGGGACUGUUUGUGUAUGCCUCCUGUUUAUAGCUGUGCAAUAUAACGUGAGGGAGAACAUCUCGACUGUACUAGUACAUACGACUGUUUGGACAAUUGGGGAUGUAGGAAUUUAAGUUUUGUAUUAUUUUAAUCGAAUUUUAGCCAUAGGCCUAUUCUAUGAUCUGUCCCAAAUGGCACCCUAAUCCUGAGCCCUAAAGUCCCUGGCCUCCCUGGUCAAAAGUAGUGCACUAUGUAGGGAAUAGGGUGCCAUUUGGGACACAUGCUCCCUGAUCUGAUGCGAGGCUUGCCUGAUGCUUCCUGGCAACAGCGACGCUGUAGCGAUUCAUGUGAAUUCUGCUCUGCGCAUCUGGUGAAACCAGGCAGACAUUUCUGUUUUUUCCCAGACAGAGAGACGGGGGAUCAGCCACAGGCCUACUGUGGUAAAACCGGUAAUAGCUGUAAUUUGCGGGCUGUGGUUUGAUCAGAUUGCUUGACUAUGGUUCCGUCCCAAAUAGCACUUUAUUCCUUAUAUAGUGCACUACAUUUGACCAGUAGCCUUAGUGUAGGGAAUAGGGUGCCGUUUUGGAUGUAACCUAUAUGACUACUGUAUGUAUUAAACAUACAGUGCUAUUAAAUAUACAAUCAAACAUACGCUACCGGUCAAAGGUUUUAGAACACCUACUCAUUCAAGGGUUUUUCUUUAUUUUUUUACUAUU